ACGUGUACAACUGACGUGGCUUAAAUUUUUGAUAUAUCUGUGAGUUAACAUACGAUUUUUAAUGGAAGGACCAAAUCGGGUUGAGUCUAACCUCGAACAGGGAAGCACCUAUUUUGGAGUUCAGGUCUUCAGCUAUGCUGAGCUUGAAGAAGGAACUGAUAAUUUUGAUCCUUCUAAAGAACUUGGAGAUGGGGGUUUUGGCACUGUUUAUAAUGGUGUGCUCAGUGAUGGGCGUGUUGUGGCAGUAAAGCACCUGUUUGAGAACAAUCUCAAACGUGUUGAACAGUUCAUAAAUGAAAUUAAGAUCCUAGCUUACAUACGACAUCCAAAUCUUGUGAUGCUAUAUGGAUGCACCUCAAGGCACAGCAGAGAACUUCUCCUUGUGCAUGAAUACAUUCCUAAUGGAACUGUGGCUGAUCAUCCUCACGGUAGAACGGCAAAGUCCGGCUUGCUUACUGGGCCAGUUCGGUUGCGCAUUGCCAUAGAGACUGCUAAUGCUUUAGCUUACCUUCAUGGUAAAGAUAUCAUACAACGUGAUGUCAAAAUCAACAACAUUCUUCUAGACAACAGUUUCCAUGGGAAAGUGGCUGAUUUUGGUCUGUCUCGACUUUUCCCCAAUGAUGUUAUCCAUGUGUCAACUGCUCCGCAAGGGACCCCCGGCUAUGUUGAUCCUGAGCAAGCAGUAGACACAAAUAGGCACCACUUUGAUAUUAACUUGGCUAACAUGGCCAUCAGCAGAAUUCAGAAUCAGGCAUUGCAUGAGUUGGUUGAUCCAUCUCUUGCCUUUGAAACUGAUUUUGCUAUGAGGACAAUGAUUACAUCUGUUGCAGAACUGGCUUUUUGGUGUUUGUAGCAAAAGAGGGAUAUGAGGCCUUCCAUGCAAGAAGUUUUGGGGGUUUUGAAGGGAAUGCAGAAUAAAGAUUUGGGAGCUUAGUUUGCAGAGGUGGUGAAUAUUGGAGCAGAUGAUGUUGGCCUUUUGAGACAUGUUCCCCCUCCAGUUUCACCAGACUCAGUUGAAACUGAAAAAUGGAUUAGUAGCUCUUCCACACCGAAUUCCUUUUAGUUCAAGCAUAUAAGAUUUCGCUUCACUUUUCCCCUCAAAUACUCAAUAGGUAAAAGUAUUCUGUGAUCUUAAUCCAUUGUGGAUGAGGAUCUAAAUUUACAUUACCUUCACUUUCAGGCCUUUUCUCCUUUUCCCUUGUUUGUUUAAAAAUAAUAUAAGAUGAUACCAGUUUAUGUGAAGUCAAGGAAUUAUAAGUUUAUAAGGAAUGAGUACAGCUUCAUUAAGGGUAUAAAAUCUAUAUGUUUAGGAUGCAUUUAUUCAUGAGCAUUUUUCGUUUAAUACUAUAUAUACAGUUAUGAAUUGUAGAUGCUGUGGUAAGUUCCUGGUCUUUCUAAUGCUGUUUUAAUGCUUGUUUCUCUACCAGGGGCAGAUAAGAACAAUGUAAUCCAACUUGCAUACAUGGAAGCAGAAUUUCGAUUUUGAAGAGUAUUUGCUGCUUAAAAUUCAGGUUUUAAGUUCUGCUUACCAGAAGGGAAUCAUUUGUUUAAAUUAAACAUUUUGUCAGACAAAAUGGUGGUAACACUUUAGUGAAUAGCUUGAACAAGUGACGACAAAUGCAGCAGCGUAGAGCUGUUUUGUAUCCGCAUGGUAUGUGUAGUCAGUGGUUACUAUGCAUUGUAAAGGCAGAUUAAAUUGUUGUAUCUUUU